AUGCCGCUCCGCCCGCCAUGCCGGCCUCGCCCACGUCCCCGUCUCGCCGCCCGACCGCACGGCACACGCACACGCGCCCGCGCGCUGCUCACCCUCGCCAUCGAGUCCUCGUGCGACGACACCGCCGUGGCGAUUCUCUCGCGCACCGCCGCCCGCACGGCCCUCGUGUUCAACGAGCGCGUGAGCUCGGAUAACCGCGCCUUUGGCGGCGUGCACCCGGUCGUCAGCGUGCGCGGCCACAACGCCAGCCUGGCGCCGCUGGUGCGCCGGGCGCUGGCGGCGCUCGCGGAGGAGGAGCCCGGCAGGAGCAAGCCCGACGUGGUGUGCGUGACCCGCGGGCCCGGCAACAUGGCCAACCUGGCCGUCGGGCUCAACAUGGCCAAGGGGCUGGCGGUCGCGUGGGGCGCGCCGCUCGUGGGCGUGCACCACAUGCAGGCGCACGCGCUGACGGCCCGGCUGGCCGGGGCGCUGGGCCGGGACGGCGGCGGCGGCGGCGGCGGCGGCAUCGGCUGCGGCGUCGUCGACUUCCCCUUCCUGAGCCUGCUGGUCUCGGGGGGCCACACGCUGCUGGUGCACUCGGUCGGGGUGGCGGACCACCGCGUCGUCGCCGCCACGGGGGACAUUGCCGUCGGCAACAUGCUGGACCAGACGGCCCGCGUGAUCCUGCCGCCCGAGGUGCUGGCCGCCAGCCCGGACGUCAUGUACGGCCGCCUGCUCGAGGCCUUUGCCUUUCCCGACGGCGGGGGCGAGGGCGAGGGCUACGCCGCCUUCUUCCGCCCGGCCGCCUCCCGCCGCGACGAGAUGGACCCCGCGCCGACGCCGUACGCGUGGACGGUGCCCCUGCCCUUCCGCGAGUCGCGCCGCCUGGCCUACUCCUUCUCCUCCAUCCACGCCGUCGUGCACCGCAUCGCCGCCGCCGCCGCCGCCGCCUCGCCCGGCGGCAUGGACGUCGCCCAGCGCCGCUGCCUGGCCCGGCACACCAUGCGCGCCGCCUUCCAGCACCUGGCGUCGCGGCUCGUCGUCGCCCUGCAGGACCGGCCGGACCUGGCCGCCGCCGCCGCCGCCGCCGCGGGCACCCUCGUCGUCGCCGGCGGCGUCGCCUCCAACCGCUUCCUCGUGCACGUGCUGCGGGAGACGCUCGCGGCGAGGGGGUUCCCCGGCGUGCGGGUCGUCGCGCCGCCCGCGGACCUGUGCACCGACAACGCCGCCAUGGUGGCCUGGGCGGGCGCCGAGAUGUUCCGCGACGGCUGGCGCUCGGACCUGGGCAUCCUGCCGGUGGGCAAGUGGCCGAUGCAGACGGACGAGGGGGGGAACGGCAUCCUGGGCAUGGACGGAUGGCUGAGGACAGAGGGGGGGUGA